AUGACAGCUCUCCAGACCCUCCAAUUCAUUCAGAGAAAUUCUCUACAGCAUCCGGAGGCCACAAUCAAGAGCACUAUCAAGGAAGUGUUCCGUUUGGAGGUCUAUAACUUCGCUUCCAUUGACGCCUUUACCAAACGCCUUCACUGGUGCUGGACCCAGGCCACAACGGGCUUUCCAGCUGUUGAUAAGCGACUCUUUGUGAUCACGGCCAUCCACGGCCUUAAGGUAUCUCACCCGACGUGGUAUGCCAAAUGGGAGCAUGAUUGUGAGCUCGGCCAGCACCUAACGAAGGAAGAAAUCAGCAUGAUUCCUCAAAAGCAGAGCCUGAUUGAGAGCCACAAGCAUACGCCGGAUACCUUCUGGGUUCUUCACCCCGAGCAGAUGCCAAAGAAAGUGAGGCGCCAGCGAGAGAACCAACAGGAACAGCAACAGCCACAGCCAGGCCCGAAAUCGUGGCUGCCGGAGGGGAACAUCAACUUCUCGCUGUCAAGCUCUCGGAACCAUGUGAAGGGGGUCUCGGUCGCAUUGGGCUCGGGCUAUGUCGACAAGCUCUUACUGUAUAUUGGACAUUUGCGCGUCUGGCCGCCGCAUGUUGGGCCCAUUAACCUGACUCUUUGGUGCCUGUCUAAUGUCUAUGAUGGCGACAAGCCGACAAGCGGCGAUUGCCUCAUCGAUUACUCGUACCGUGGCCUAGACAGUCGGCACCGCGCAGGCAAGGGAUACGUCCACAACAUCUUAGGCGUCACCAAAUCGAGGCUGUCCAAGGGCGACUCUCACCUGGACCUGAUCCUGACCGACGGAGGAGAGAUGAUAAUGUGUGGAAAGCCGCGUGAAUCUGUCCAGGAUUACGAUACCGAGGAAGAGCAGACCCCUGUAGUAGGGCCUUCCCGCCAUCGGUCUCUGCAGUCCGACGAGCGAACAGAAAUCGGGACCUCCCACAGGCAUCACAAGCGUGACAUGCGCAAGCAUUUCAUGAUUUAG